CCGGGCUUCGAUUUGGUUCAUCGGCGAUGCAAUGGGGAGAAGACCUGCUAGAUGUUAUCGCCAAAUCAAGAACAAGCCGUACCCAAAAUCUCGAUAUUGCCGUGGUGUUCCAGAUCCGAAGAUUAGGAUCUAUGAUGUUGGGAUGAAGAAGAAAGGAGUUGAUGAGUUCCCAUUAUGUGUUCAUCUGGUCAGUUGUGAAAAGGAGAAUAUCUCAAGUGAGGCUCUUGAGGCUGCUCGGAUCGCAUGCAACAAGUACAUGGCUAAGUAUGCUGGAAAGGAUGCGUUCCAUCUGAGAGUGAGGGUGCAUCCUUUCCAUGUUCUGCGCAUCAACAAAAUGCUUUCAUGUGCUGGAGCUGAUAGGCUGCAAACUGGAAUGAGAGGUGCAUUUGGAAAGCCUCUGGGAACUUGUGCAAGGGUGAGCAUUGGCCAGGUUCUUCUGUCUGUUCGUUGCAAGGAUAGCAAUGGCCAUCAUGCACAGGAAGCUCUGCGCCGUGCCAAAUUCAAGUUCCCUGGUCGUCAAAAAAUCAUUGUCAGCCGAAAGUGGGGUUUUACCAAAUUUAACCGUGCUGACUAUUUGAAGUGGAAGAGUGAGAACAGGAUUAUACCUGAUGGUGUAAAUGCAAAGGUCGGGAGUGGUGGGAGGAAUGGGAGGGAUUCUUCAUACCAGAGGUAUGAUAUACAGCAGUUAGCGAGGUGGGUUGAGCAGGUACUGCCCUUCUCGUUGCUCUUGUUGGUGGUGUUCAUUCGGCAGCAUUUGCAAGGUUUCUUUGGUACAAUCUGGAUUGCUGCUGUGAUGUUCAAGUCAAAUGAUAUAUUGCGUAAACAGACUGCAUUGAAGGGGGAAAGAAAAAUUUCUGUGCUUAUUGGGAUCACCCUACUUUUCAUGAUUCAUGUCUUUUCAGUCUACUGGUGGUACAGGAAUGAUGAUGUUCUACAUCCAUUGAUCUUGCUCCCUCCAAAAGAGAUACCUCCAUUUUGGCAUGCCAUAUUUUUAAUUAUGGUUAAUGACACAAUGGUGCGCCAAGCUGCAAUGGUUGUCAAAUGUGUGUUGCUGAUGUAUUACAAGAAUAACAGGGGUCGAAACUACCGAAGACAGGGGCAAAUGCUGACGCUUGUGGAAUAUCUUCUUCUUCUCUAUCGUGCAUUGUUACCAACGCCUGUUUGGUACCGAUUCUUCCUCAACAAAGAGUAUGGGAGCCUCUUUUCCUCUUUGACUACUGGAUUGUACCUAACCUUUAAACUUACAUCAGUUGUUGAAAAGGUUCAAUCAUUUAUAACCGCAUUGAAGGCAUUGUCACGUAAAGAUGUGCAUUAUGGAUCUUAUGCAACCGCAGAGCAGGUUAUUGCGGCUGGGGAUCUGUGUGCUAUCUGCCAAGAGAAAAUGCACGUUCCUAUUCUUCUUCGUUGCAAGCAUAUAUUCUGUGAAGACUGUGUUUCUGAAUGGUUUGAGCGAGAGCGCACCUGUCCACUAUGUCGGGCGUUGGUAAAACCCGCAGACCUUCGAUCAUUUGGUGACGGCUCAACAAGUCUGUUUUUCCAGCUGUUCUAAUUUCUGAAUCACACUUUCAAACCCGAACACAGUGACACUCUGAUAGGGAAAGCAGUGUGGUAUGGGAUGAAAAUUUCCCCUGAUGUUUAUCAUGCAGCUGAAGUUUAUUUCAUCAACACAUCUCUUGGAUUUGAUUCCCCCACUAGUAUUUCAUAGUAUUCAUUGGCGGGUUUCUUUCUCCUUAUGAAGGUUGUAUUUUCAAUGAGAGAAAGAGAAGCGGUUGCUGGUGGUAUAUAUAACAUAGAAGGGCAAAAA